GAGAGAGAGAGAGAGAGAGGACGGUUGAAUGCGAUUACUACCUCCAUUUCACUUCUACUGCUACUUCUGGUCCGCUGGCUGGCUGGAGUCGAUCAGAUCUUCCUCCUACCACCAUCAUCACCAUCAUCAUCAUCUACUUACUGUCGUCCGGAGCUCUGGGGCUUAAGGUCUCUUCGCGAGAUUUUGGGGCCUGCUUUUGCAUCCGACGAUAUUCCUGCCCUCGCCCGCGGUGUGGGUGGCGGCGACCCAAGAGAAGUGUGGGCAACUUUUACAUGAUCCAUCACUCUGGGAGUGUCGAUUGCGCGCGAUUCUUCGCCACAGUGCACCAUUUUUCACAGUGCACGGGGACCGUGAUCACACCACGCACACGCACGAGAAAUAGAUAAGUGGGUGCUUCUGCCUCGUCGGGCUUCAUCGAAUCGGACUGGACUCCGAGGACUGGAGUGCUGUAGCGUUAGAGCUCGAGCUAGAGCGAGUGAGAAGAGUGAGAGAGCUAGUGGAGAAGCGACCGGUGUAUUUUUUUUCGUUGCACUGUCGUUUUCAGACUGGUCGAGACUUGUCCUCCCUCGACGACGAGUGCGCUUCUGCAAGAAAGAUCGUCAUCUUGGGGUUCAUCUCGUCACCGUCCGAGUGAGAGGGAAGAAAGAAAGAAAGGCAGGCAGGGCUUGGCUUGGCUCGAAAGCUGUUGAUAGAAGGUUUUGGAUGGACGGGUCAAGGUAAGGAGGGCUAGAGCAACUCGGGGAUCCUGGUCUGCACUCUCCUUUGGUUUUUGAAGGAGUUGGGAUUUGGACUGCCAACUGUUAAAUCGAAUUAUAACACCAUUGCUUACCAUCAAAGCACACUCAAUUGUCAGAGGGCAUUGACGCUGAUCGCAUAUCUUCUACUACAUCUACUCCUUACUGUCGUCCUUCUUCGUCCUCCUCAUCCUAUUCCUCCUCUCCUGCUGCCUCAUCCACGAGCACCAUCAUCAUUACAUCAGCAUCUCUCAACACGGCCCUCGCCCCACUGCGUAUUGUGCUCUCGUAUUUUUUGCUGAUUGGCCUCUGCAUUUGGCAAGGUCGCCUGAGCAACAAUCACCUGUUUCGCAAGUCUAAGAAUCGCCGCCUCUUCUUGCUGUUAUUUUUCUCUGAACAGUAGACUGCCAGAGGUGCUGGUUGAGUCAGAGAUAGGGAGCCAUUGUCUAGAAUGGGACGAGCUCCUUGCUGUGAUAAGGCCAAUGUGAAGAAGGGCCCUUGGUCGCCCGAUGAGGAUGCCAAACUCAAGGCCUUCAUUGACCAGAACGGCACCGGGGGCAACUGGAUCACCUUGCCGAGCAAAGCUGGUCUGAAGCGAUGCGGUAAGAGCUGCCGCCUGCGCUGGAUAAAUUACCUGCGCCCUGACAUAAAGCACGGCAGCUUCACCGAAGACGAGGAGACGCUGAUCUACAAGCUCCACGCGAGCAUUGGGAGCAGGUGGUCUCUGAUCGCCGCCAAAUUGCCCGGGCGCACAGACAAUGACAUCAAGAAUUACUGGAACACGCGCCUGAAGAAGAAACUGGGCGAGAAAUGCCUGGACCAAGCUUCGUCCGCGAGAUUCCAGCGCCCGUCCCCUCCGCAGCAGGACAGCUUCACCAGCGAGCGGAUUGACGACGUGGUCCCGGCCCCCUGUAAAGCCCCCGCCGCGCUCAACGGCCUGACCGCCCCCUCGGACGGCCUCCUCUCCCCCUUCCUCAAGCCCUCCCACCAGCAGCAGCAGCAGCAGUACUCCAAACUGCACGAUCGCACUUUGCUCCGCGACGUUGCGCAAGCGCAAGCGCAAGCCCAAGCCCAAGCCCUCCCCCCUAUGACGAUGCAGCACCAGCCCCAACCCCAACCCCAACCCCAGCCCCAGCAGCAGCAACAACACCAACACAACCACCAGCAGCAUCAACAUCAACAUCAGCAGCAGCAGCAGCAACAGGUUGGCUUGGUGAAAUCCGAGGUCCCCGUGGUGGCGGCCGCGAUGGCUGCCGUGGGGGUGGUGUCGACGGACGGAGGCGCCGAUGAGGAUGCCACGAGACAGCUGAUGAGGAUAGAGAGCAGCUUGAGGAGCUGCAUAUCGUCGCACCCUUCGUCGCACCCGUCGCCGGCGUCGUCGUGCAGCGGGAUUAGUACAGAUAGGAGCACGUAUGCGCCCACGGGGGCGCAGUGCGCAGAGAGUUCAUACUCGGAGUGCUUGAGCUCGGGCGGCUUUCGCGACGAGCAGCAGCAGCACUGCAUUCAGGAUCCGGAAGCGCAGCUGACGGCGAUCACCUCGGCCGCCUCGCCGACGCUUUUAGGCCAUAGUUCCGUCAUCCAGGCCGACGUCGGGGGCCGCGGCGCCGAGGUCCCGGCGCUGGAAUUCGAGCCCCGGCUCGCGGAUGUCGCCGCGUUAGACGACGAGAUGCAGGCGGCGCUGUUCGUGCAGGACGAAUUGAGUCCGGCGCACUGCAGAAAUCUCUUAGGCGUCGUGAAGGCGGAGGACUGCAAUUUUGAUCGAUACGACUGGUGGGGGGCCACGACGGGCAUAGUGGCCGCGCCCAAGCACCAGCCCCCCGCCCGCACUCUGAUUUCAGCGGCCGUCAAACAACAACAGCAGCAGCAGCAGCAGCAGCAGCAGCAACAUCAUCAUCAUCAACACCAACAACAACAUCAACAUCAGCAGCAGCAGCAGCAGCAGCAACAAGAACAGUUGCAGCUGCAGUAUCUGCAGCUGCAAUAUCUGCAGCAACAUCAACAUCACCGAUACGGGGAGCCGCUGAGCUCCACUCAAUUGUCUCUAGAUGAAAUUUCCAUGCAGUGCUACAUGAAACCCUCGUCCUGGACCCUCCCGGCCCCGUCCAGCUGCAAUGGCAACGCGAACCUGAUCUCGAUUGCGGAUUACAGCAAUCAGAUCAGACUGCCGUGGGACAGUGCAUGGGCCGAGACUCGGUAGAGAGAGAGAGAGGCCAGGCAUGGCGUGCGUGCGUACGUGCGUGCGGGCCGUUCUUGUGUACACCACGGCUCGUUUGUUCACUCGAUGAUUGAUUGAACGAACGAUGCGUUGGAAGUCUCUAAGGCUCGUCUCGGCACGCACGCCCGCACGCAGCCGUGUGGGUCUCGGGGGGGUUGGGUUUCUUCAGCCGAGCACGUCGUCCAAUUUAGUUCCGGGUUAAGUUUUGAUGGAAGGUGGCGGAUAGCAGCUAGAUACUGGUCGAUACCAACGGGGUGCAGCAUGCUUUUAUUUGCCUGCACCCCUCCAACCUUGUCAUUGAGAGUUAGCGAUGCGCCGAGAUCAUCUCUGGCAUCGGAAAGAGGAUACGGCACCUAGCACACAAGUUUACAGGAGCAGGAAUCCGAGGAAAGUUUAUAUUCUUCGACGAUUCUUCGGAAGAGUUCGUUAGCAGAUCGAGCAGGAGCAAGAGGAGGAGGAGGAGGAGGAGGAGAAGAAGAAGAAGAAGAAGGAACCCCAAGAAUCUCUGUUGAGGAGGAUGAGGAGGGAGUGAAUAACCAGCACCCAGCAACUUCUGAUCUACAUCACCUAUCUCAAUAUAACGUCAACCGUUCGUUUCGUUUCGUUCGAUUCGUUCGUUCGUUCGUUCGUUCGAUCGAUCGAUCGAUUUUCGUCGUCGUGUCGGCAGACGACGAUGACUGACUGACUGACUGAAGACGACGACGACGACGAAGAUAGUGCGCGUUUUAAGCACUCUUGUACAGAUGACCAGCGCGACGAGUUUAGUUAGGAAAAGGCCCUCUCGCUUAAAAGGAAAUAGUUCUCGAGUCACAAGUCGCCCCGAGUGAGUGAGUGAGUGAGUGGAGUGUACAGCUUAGCUUGCUCCAUAAGAUAAGCGUCGAUUCUUUCAACUCUUUGUAUCAAGAAGUGCCUCAAUUAGGCAUAGUGGUAUUGCGCCUCGCGUGCCAGCAGUCGUUCGUGGAGCUCUGCCAGCUGAGCUCAGCUCCCGACUGCCGCCGCAGCAGCAGCACCAGCAGCCGCAGCAGCAGACAAUGUGCCGGCACUCACAGCUGCGUGCCGGUGUGGAAUAAAGGUGCCAUCAUCUCCUGUAGAGAACAACAACCCCCUUCACUGCCGCACUCGCCCUAACAUCACUAUAUACACUACGACUCAAGCUGUAAUUCGAAGCUUGUCAGCAAUCCGGCUGUUAUAAUGCCGAUAUGGAAUAAAGGUGCCCGCGCACCAGCAUCGCUGCUUCUAUUCAC